UGGUUUAAGUUAUUAAAUAUGAAAGUAACAACCACUAAAAUUCUAGCCUUUUCAUCGAUAAUAUUGUCGAUAACGUUAUUGUUUAACAAUAUUGUGCAUCAUAUUUACGACCAUGAUAGUGCAAACGACUUGUUCUGCAUAAGUGAAACCUGUGACAAAUAUAGUGAAAAAGUUUUAAAAUUAAUAAAUAAUUCUGCUGAUCCAUGUGACAACUUUUAUCAAUAUGCAUGUGGAACAAUGAUUCGAGAUUCAAAUAAUUCCAAAAUUCCUUUUUUUGCAAAUGAAUUGAAAGAGAAAGUUAAUGAUCAAGUCCGAUAUAUUCUGGAAAAUGGAUGGGAUCAAAGGAAAAAGGAGACGAAUAAAAAAAUUGUUAAAUCCAAAUCGUUAGCCGUGGAAUGGACGAUUCGAAUCUAUCAACAAUGCUUACAUAGACCAAAACCAGAUGAUGCUUUUCAAACAUUUAAUAAACUAUGGAAAAGUCUACCGAUUUCACCAGAAUUAUCAUGGCCAUUGGAUUCGAAUAACAACUCAAUAAAUAUGAAUUGGCUAGACUUUUAUGCACACUAUUCAAUUGUAUUCGGUUAUGAACCCUUAUUCAGAAUUGGUUUUAUGAUGGAACUUAUCCCCGCAAACAUGAUUGAUUUUCGUUCUUUGGAAAAUGAUACUCAUGAUUAUCAUACUUUGUACGAUUUAGUUACCAAAAAUAAUAUAGGGAAGAUGAGUAAAGAAAAAUAUGAAAGAAUCGUAAAUAAAGUGAUCGAUUUUGAGGACAAAAUUAUUAAUUUAAAAAAAACAAACAAAUCUGAAACAAGUUUAGAAACUUUGAAAAAAAUUAUCAAUGAUACGGGGUUGAAUUGGAUAAGUUUUUUUCAAAUAACAUAUAAUGUGGGAAAAUCAUUAGAGAAAAUUGAAAAUUCUACGAAUUUAAAUGGUGAUGAUAUAAUUUUUGUUGAACCCGGUGAUCCACUUGUUAAUUUUUUCAAAGUCAUUCAAAACACUCCUGAACAUAUU